AUGUUAACAGCUCCUCCAUUUUCAACUCUAGGGUUGCAGCGUUUAGAAGUCUCCAUGAAUCAUAACAAGAAGAAAGGCAAUGAGUCUGUUAUCAACAACUCUAUUAACCACAGAGAAACAGAAAGCUCAGAAUCAUUCCCUCAUCUUCCUUCUGGACAACCACACAUUGAACCUGACACUUCCAAGCCUUCAAGCACCACAAGUGGAGAUCCGGAAAUUGUAAAGAAAUUAAGUCAUAACGCAAGCGAACGCGAUCGUCGAAAGAGAUUAAACGAUUUAUUCUUCUCCCUUCGAUCUCUACUUCCGCGAACAGAUAGAUCGAAGAAAUUAAGCAUUCCAGCAACUGUUUCAUGUGCACUUAAGUACAUACCAGAGCUGCAAAAGCAAGUUCAGAAGUUGAUGCAAAGGAAAGAAGAGAUCUUAGCAACUAUUUAUGAGCAAAGAGACCCUAUCCUUCCUCCUCAUAAUAAGCAAAAGAAAGGUGGUGUGGUUAGAAGUUUUUUUCCUGUUGUUACUGCAAGUCAAGUGGACGAUAAAGAUUAUGUUAUUCAGAUUCAUACAGUGAAAGCAAAGAAUAUCCCACUUUCUGUGAUCUUACAAGAUUUGGAGAAAGAAGGACUCCAAGUCUUGAAUGCUUCUGCCUUUAACUCUUGUGGGAAGAUGGUCUGCUACAACCUUCAUCUUCAGGUUUAA